GCUUCUUAGUCCCUUGCAAAGUGAUUUUGUAGAUGUGCUUGUCUCUUGCAACUAACAGAAGAAGCAACUAACAGAAGAACCAAGAACAGAGAUAUUUGGGUUUCUCUGACUGAACAAAAUGUAUUUAUCCAGCAUUUGUGGCAUGGAGUCUGCAUAACUAUCUUGAACUGCUGCUCUUCAGUUAAAAUAGUUGGAAAGCCUGAGCACUUCAAGAUAACGAUGUCAUUUUAAUAAGGAAGACCAACUAGACAGCACACUGACAGAAGAACUCAAAUAUGGGGAAGAAAAGGCCUAAAAACAUCAAGAAAAGCAACCAGCUAGAUUUGCCUGAAAUAAUUGAGGACUGGACUAAGGAACACGUAAAACAAUGGGUGACAAAUGAACUUAAGCUUGAGGAGAAACAUGGCGACAUCCUUCUUCAUCAAGAUGUGACAGGCGCCAUUUUGAAACUUUUAACCAAGCAAGACCUCACAGAAAUGGGUAUAACCUAUGGCCCAGCUUGCCAAAUAAUGCACGCACUGGGAAAAAAGGAUGUUCCAGGUGAAAGCCCUAGGAAUUCUUCUGGACAAGAACGUAGCGCAAGGCCUUUUGAUACUGACUCUUCAAUUAAAAGUGAAGAUGCAGGUGCAAUGAAAGAAAAUGGCAAAGGGAAUUCAGCCGGUGCUGAUGCGUCACCAGCAUUUGCAAUAUCUAAAUCCACUGAGCCACCAGAAUCUGUACUUGAAGAAACAAGAAAAGAUAUGGCUCACCAAGGAAAUGGAAAUAACCAGCUUCCAACUAGACAAACUUGUCUACCCUACCCUUUUGAUGAGUUUCACAUUAGCCAUCGUUAUAUUCAACAUUAUGUCCUUCAUAUACCUGAAACAGGUCCCCUCAAUCUUAUUGAUCCAGUCCAUGAAUUUAAACUCUUUACAAAUACAGAAAAUGCAACAGAAGAGGAUAUGAAGAUGAAAUUUUGCAAUGAGGUUUUCAGAUUUGCUGCAGCAUGCAUGAACUCCCGCACCAAUGGUACUAUCCACUUGGGAGUCCGGGACAAGCCACAUGGAGAAAUUAUUGGAGUAAAAGUUCAAAAUAAAGAGAAAUAUAUUAGCUAUUUUGAGUUAAUAAACAAAUACUUUGGAGAUGCUGUCAUUGGUGUUGCAAAAGAUUGCAUUAGGAAACCUCGGUUUGUGGAAGUAUUGCAACAAAACAGCAUCCCAUCAGAAACAUUUGUUAUUGAAAUUGAUGUGGUUCCAAAGUACUCUAGUUGCCUAUCUAAAUAUUUCCCUACUAAGAACUACAGUUUUAAGACUAAAAAAUGGGAUCCAUGUUUGUUUAUAAGAGAUGGUGCAUCUUCCAAAAACCUCUUAAAAUCUAAGGAUAAAACAGAACAUAAAUCAUUUUUGGCCAAACUGGAAAAAUUAGCAGAGGACAGAAAAGAAGCUGAGGAAAAACAUGGAGAAAAAAGGAGGAAUAUAGAUGGGGAAGGUCGUAAGCUGGUGAGCUUGCUCACAGGCAACAGAGACUUGCUAGAUAACUCUCAUUAUGACUGGUAUAUUUUAGUCACAAACAAAUGUCAUCCAAAUCAGACACAGCAUAUAAACUUCUUGCAGGAAAUAAAGUUAUUUGCUGUUCUAGAGUUUGAUCCGGAAUCAGCAAGCAAUGGUGUCGUCAAAGCAUUCAGAGAAGACAGAGCUGCAAACCUUCAUUUUCCAAAGCAGUACCAGAUGCCUGGGAAUUCAACUUCUGAAACAAUUGAAAAACUUAAUCUCUAUCAGCAGCCAAGUUGGAUUUUCUGCAACGGUAGGUCAGACUUGAACAGUGAAGCAUAUCAACCCUUGAGUCCUGGACUCUGGCAGCAGCAGAAGGCAGCUGAGGUUAGGAAACUGAUCUCAUUUCUAUCCCAUCCAGAUAUAAUGCAAAGAGGAAAAUUUUUGGUGGUGUUUCUCAUGCUGUCAAAAGUGGAAGAUCCAGGUGAUCCCAUGAUAGAAGCUUUCUGUGCUUUUUAUCAAGAACUUAAUGGACUUGAUGAUAUGCUGUGUAUAUGUAUUGGGGCACAAACAUACCCAUGCUGGAGAGAUCUCCUGCGAGCCAGAUUUAUUGAAUCAGACACACUAGCAGAUAGGUGCAUAUCUCACUUGAGCCUACCAAUGGUGGAUGGUACCAUCCAAAAACUAAAAUCAGUGACCCAAACUUCUCAGAGACUUUUGCCAUCAAAGGGGGGUUCUUUUACAAUUCUCUCAAAGAAAGAAGAAGACUUUAUGACUGCAUUGGAAAUACUAUGUGAAAAUGAAUGCAAGGACACAGAAAUUGAGAAAAAUAAAGAAAAAUUUUAUGAAUUUAAAAAAUCCCAAGAAGAGCAUUUUUAUCGUGGUGGGAAAGUCUCUUGGUGGAAUUUCUAUUUCUCCUCUGAAAACUAUUGUUUACCUUUUAUUAAACGGGAUGCAUAUGAGACGCUUGAAGAGCUGAUUGAAAGAGGAUCUCAGUCUCCUAAACAGUCGCCCACAAAAAUUAUCAACCUUUAUCAUCAUCCGGGUUGUGGUGGUACUACUUUAGCCAUGCAUAUUCUCUGGGAACUGAGAAAGAAAUUUAGAUGUGCUGUUCUGAAAAAUAAAACAGUUGAUUUUGCAGAAAUUGCAACACAAUUGACCACGUUACUUACAUAUGGGACAUCAAACAAGUUUGAUUAUUUGCCAGUACUGCUACUUGUAGAUGACUUUGAAGAGCAAGAAAAUGUUUACCUUCUACAGCAUGCUAUGCAGUCUGCCAUAGCAGAAAAGGGUAUUCAAUAUGAAAAUCCUAUAGUUAUAAUCUUAAAUUGCAUGAGAUCCCAGAAUCCCGGGGAAAGCUCAAAAAGCAACAGCUUGAAUAGUAUUGCACUGAAACAAAAACUAAGUCCGAAAGAACAAAGGGCUUUUGAGGAAAAACUGAAAGAAAUUGAAGAGCAGUAUGAUCAUCCUGAAGAUUUUUACUCAUUUAUGAUUAUGAAAAGAAAUUUUGACCAGCAGUACAUAGAGAAUGUAGUUAAGAACACUCUAAAAGGUUUGGAUGUUAGCAGUAAGCAAGCUCAACUUAUUUCCUUUCUGGCACUGUUAAAUUCUUACGUCACUGAGUCCACAAUUUCAGUAUCACAAUGUGAGGAAUUUUUGGGAAUAAGUACUAAAAAGGCUUACUGGGGUACAGAAAACCUGGAUGACAAGAUGGGAAACUGCUCCAACAUUAUAAUACAGACUGAAGUGCAAGAACGUGGGCGAUACAAAGGGGUACGUAUUAGUCAUUCAUUGAUUGCUGGACAAUGCUUAGAGGAAUUUAAACAAACUUACAAACUAACAAAAAGUAAGAUUACACUGUUGUUGUUAAGAGAGAAUUUAUUUUAUGACAUGGGCAUAGGGAGAGACAAACUUCAGCAGGAUGUUCAAAACAUGCUGCUUAUAAGGCACCGAAAGGAACAUGGAGAUGACGCAGACACUUUGUUUUCUCCAUUAAUCGAAGCAAUUCAAAAAGAAGAGAGGAGUGUUGAAGUUGAAAGGGUGUUAACUGAGGCAACUCGCAUAUUUAGUCAAAAUGUUUUUAUCAGCCAAGCCUUAGCAAGGCAUUUCUACAUCAAGGAGAAAAACUUUAAUCGUGCACUAGAGUGGGCUAGAAAAGCUAAAAAAGGUGCCCCUAACAACUCAUAUAUAUCAGACACUUUGGGUCAAGUUUAUAAAAGUGAAAUAAAGCAUUGCCUAGAAGAAAAUGCAGAGAAAUCUAUAACUGUUGAAAUUCUGAAACGUUUGUUGAAUCUUGCAAAGUGUGCCUCAGACGCAUUUAAAGAAUCUCAAGAACAAACAGAAAAUAUAGACAGUGAAAAGGAAUAUUUUCAGAGUAUAAAAUACAAGAGAAAAUAUGAAACAUAUAAUACAUCUGGUUACCUUGGAGAAAUAGAAACUGGUCUAUAUGCUAUAGAAAUGAUUGAAUCCAUACCUCUGUUCAACAAAAAAGAUGAACUCUCUAGAAAACACAUAAUACAGUUUUUGUCAGGAAAUGGGGGUAUUCCAAAAGUCCCGGGUGAUACAGAGAAUGAAGAAUACAGAUUGACACUGGAAGAAUAUGCUAGUUAUCUAAGUAAUCUGCACACAAAUUUGAAAAAAGCAUUUGAUUUUUUUGAGAACUACUUUGUUUUUUUGAAGCCGAAAAAUCCUGAAAAAGAAAUUGCAGAGCUCAAAAUACGGAGAAAGGUACAAGAAGUUUUCAACAAGUAUGCCGAAACAUUUUGCCACUCUGAUUCAGACUGGCUAAUGAACUCAAAACUGAGUUCAUCUUUGCAGGUGGAAAAUUACAAGAAGAGUUUAGAAGCUUCCAAAGCUGACAAGUUUUCUGGAAUUUUGGAACAUCUCAGCAAUCAUGAAAAGGCUAUAAGCAAAAUUGAGGACGUAGUGAAACAGUAUACACUUUUGCUUGAUCAGAGCUCUAGCAAAUCUUUGCAGAGGUACAAACUGAAUUUUAUCUUGGCCAACAUUGUUCUUCAUUGCCUCAAUCCAAAAUCCAAGAUGGUACCAUCUUUUCUAGAACUGAAAGAACAGCUUAGAACAAUUUUACAGUCAGUAGGUCUAGAUUAUCGAUUUGCAGAACCAUACUUCUUGGCUUCUUUAUUAUUCUGGCCUGAAAAUCAAAAGCAAUUAGAUAAAGAUUCCAAACAAAUGGGAAAAUAUAUCAAUUCUUUGAAGAAGGCAUUUAAUAGGCAGUACUGGCAAAUGUGCCGUUCCAAACAACCUAUAGCAUUUUUCUACCUUGGAAAAGGAAGCAAUCUGAGCAAAUUUAUUCACAAAGGAAAAAUUGAUCAGUCUGUUACUGCUAAGAGUAGGGGCAAGUCAAGGCAAAAGAUGAGUGAUGAGCUGAGUUCCCUGUGGCAGACUGGAGAGAUAUGGAAAACAGAGGACGCCAAACAUCUUUUGCUUCGGCUGAAUGGGAAGGCUGAAGAUAAUAUCGUCUAUGUCGAUUACGGUAUUGAUGAAGACAUUAGAAUACCAGCAUGGCCUGUUUUCUUAGGCCAGCUGAAGAGCGGUCGGAGUGUAGAAAGAGUAUCUUUUUACUUGGGGUUUUCCAUUGGAGGCUUGAUAGCCUGUGACAUAGAAAUUAUUUAACCCUCUUUGAAAAUACAUUCCGUUGUACAGCACUGUAAAUUUAAUUUGACCUCUCCUUUGUCUAUAGCAGCAAGAGACACAUGGCAUUUUAUCCUUACACCAGAUAUAGUAUUUGGUUGUAUCCAACUAAAUUUUACUCAGAGCAGACUUGUUGAAUUUGAUGAUCCCAAGUUAAUAAUUUCAAUGGAUAUAUUUGAUUGUGGCUGGCUGUAGAUACAACCCUUUUUCCUCCUCUUUGCCCUGAAGGGCAAGGAUGUCUCCUCAAUCUGUAGUACAGCCAGAUGGGGCAAUAGCUGAACCAAUGUCACUUCCUUGGGCAAUAGAAGCUUUAUAUUAGAAUGAUUGAGCUUUAAGCAUAAAAGCCAGGGAUGAGGCACCUUUGGCCCUACAGAUGUUGUUAGACUACAGCCCCUAUCAUCCCUGACAAUUUACCAUGCUGGCUGGAGUUGAUGGGAAUUGGAGUCCAACAAUAUCUAGAGGGCCACAGGUUCCCGAUCCCUGCCAUAGACAUACAUAGGCAAAAAUAUUUUUCUAAUAAAGGUCGUUUUAGUUUAUCUUUGCAGAGGAAGAGGGAGGAGUCGAAUGCUAACUGGACUGGUAGAUUUUGCUAACUAAUAAUUUGAGAUUCCCUUCGGCCAGUCCAAUUACCAAUUUAUGAAUAUUAAUAUGAUUUGAUUAUACAACAACCUGUUGCAUAGCAUGUGGCAAUUUCAUUAUCUUUGCUUUAAGCAUCUUGUAUGUGAUGUGUCCCAUUGCAAAGACAAAGUAUACUUUUCACAAAACCAACCCUGACUGAGCCGACAUAAGAGGCUCCUGCAGUCAGUUUAGUUAAUUUCUGUCUUGUACUUCAUUUUGUAAGUUUGUUAUUCCCCCCCCCUAUUGUAUUGGAUCCAUACCUAGUCAUGAUUUAAGUCCCCCAGAUUUAAAUGCAGCUAAUUUACAACACAAUCCAGUGCAUGUAUAUUCAGAACAGCUUUUCUUUUUCUAUUUGGCUAUGCUAUUUAUCUGCCUGCUUCUUAUAUUUUCUGCUUUUCUGUUCACUUUUUUAAUUAUUAAUUUUAUUGUUGGUACCUACUUAGUUUUCUUUUGAGAUGAAGCAGAGAAAAAAAGGGGUAAAUAGCGUUUAAAUUGUGUUCUCUUUUGUUGUAAGAAAUAACAUUCCAUUCAUCAAUAGUAUUAUAUCUAUCUAUCUAUCUAUCUAUCUAUCUAUCUAUCAUCUAUCUAUGUAAAAUAAGAACUUGAUCUUGGUGGUCUGAUUUUUAUAUUAUAAUCUGCUGGAUUAAUUAAAUAUUUGGGGGGGGGUCACCUGAACAGUGAACAUGGAAAGCCUAUAAGAGAAUGGAGUGUCCCAGGACAACAAAGAGAAGUUCAGCACUGGUUCAGCUGAUCAAAAAUGUCAUAGAAUAUAUUUCCUUGGAUAUUACCAAAGGAAAAUGGAAAGGUAUUUGAUAGGGAUAAUUAAGGGAUGAAGAUAAAUCCUAAAUUGGUAUGAGCUGAAUGACGGAGCUGUACCACCCAUGGGAGAGUGGGAGAAAUUCAAUAUUAUUAGGAUUUUAAUGUGAACGUAUCUAAUUUGUAGUUUCCAAAACAAUACAUGAACUGAAACAUAGUUGUCAUUUGUAAUUUGUACUUCUCUGAAUUUUGUGCUGCAGUUCUUCUGCCAAAUAAUGUACUGUAUUCAUAAAUGUGCAUAUCGGGGAAAGUGUGAAAAUAACAUAUCAAAUGCAUUAUACUGGGGAAAUUGCUUUUAAAAAUGUCGACAUCGUGCAAAACUGCAUACCAAAAUGUGUAUAUUGGGAGAAAAUUGCACUAAAAUUCUGAUGAAUUUGCAUUAAAAAAAAUUCACAAGCUGAU